AUGAUCAAUAUUUGGUCCACCGGUUGGGACCCCAGUGUGUGGCCCAAUGCAGAUGCCUUCUGGCCCGAGCUGUUUUUGGGUGACUCUGAAGUCGACUUUAGAGGUAAUGAUUUCGGGCUGAUACCGUUUGGGGCUGAGGAUGUGUCCUGGUUUGCCCCUUGCACAUCGAAUGUUGCACCUCAUGAUAGCCGCGUUGGUGGGGGGUUUCGGGUGGCGGCUCGGGGGAGGGGUCGAGCCGGGAGAUUUGUUAACAAAGUGUCAUGCAUAACUAUAUAUCAUCUUAUAAAAAACACAAAUAAACAACAACCGGCUUUUUUCCAGAUAGGGAGUCCUCUAUACUCUGCAAAGUCCGUGAGAUUUCGAUUAGGUAAUCUGAAACCCUUAAGCGAUAUUGGAGGAAGACAGCUCAAAAAUCUUGAAAAUCUGGACAAACCUGCUGACGACAUGUUUGAAUGGACCUACACUUCACCUGAGUUUCCCAUGAAUCAGACGAAUGUCCUGCAAAAAUUUGAGCUACCAGAACCCAUCCUUUGCAUCGAGGGAUAUUUACAGAUUGAGCUACUGGGCAGAGUUCAGACACAAGAAAUGGAUGGAUUAUACUAUUUGUGCGUGUGUUACGUUCGAGCCCUAGGCCGGUCCCUUUCUCCUGCAUUCAACAUGGAUGUUCUCGAGCCAUACGGGUUCAAGAAGCUUGUACUGAGGUACGACCCGGAAUAUCUGGUCCCUCUUCUAGAAUGUUCCUCGAGAGAGGAUUUGAUCCGUUUGGGACAAGUGGAAGAUGACAGUAGAAUGUUCGAACGCUUGGGUUUGCUUCAGAAUGUGCUGCUCGGGUUCCGUGGUGGCGAGAUUGACGAUGAGGAUGACUGA